AGCGGGGCGGUUGCUUGUUGGUUGUUGUAGUAACGGGGGAAGCUACCUCCGGCGGCUGUGGCGAGCCGGGCUGCGGAAGGAAGGAGAGAAGUCAAGCAGAACGCGUUCCCCGCCUGCCCGUCCGCAGCCAUGGGAAGAUGACACAGGAAUCAGUGCCAUCCAUAUUGUCUGAUCAGUGAAACUGCAAGCAAUGGUCUCUGAGGCCUGUGUCUGCUGACUGCAUGACAAACUCUAAAGGAAAUGCCAGUCGAGAUGGCCCGGGACCUGGAGGAAACAGCAUCAUCCUCAGAGGAUGACGACCUGGUAAACCAAGAGGACCAUCCAUAUAUCAUAUGGACUGGAGGCUGCAGGAGAAUUCCAAUUUUAGUAUUUCAUGCUGAAGCUAUUUUGACAAAGGACAACAAUAUUCGAGUAAUUGGAGAACAUUAUCAUUUAUCUUAUAAAAUUGUGAAAACGGACAGUCGCCUGGUGCGCAGCAUUCUAACAGCCCAUGGAUUUCACGAAGUUCACCCAAGCAGCCCUGACUAUAACCUGAUGUGGACAGGAUCCCACCUGAAGCCCUUCUUACUUCGCACUCUCUCUGAAGCACAAAAGGUUAAUCACUUUCCCAGGUCUUAUGAACUAACCCGGAAGGACCGACUGUACAAAAACAUCGUUCGAAUGCAACAUACACAUGGAUUCAAGGCUUUUCACAUCCUCCCUCAGACGUUCCUCCUGCCAGCUGAGUACGCGGAAUUCUGUAAUUCAUAUUCAAAGGAUCGGGGACCUUGGAUAGUCAAACCAGUGGCCUCUUCUAGGGGGCGGGGCGUCUACCUAAUCAACAGUCCAAACCAGAUCUCCCUGGAAGAGAACAUUCUGGUCUCCCGUUAUAUAAGCAACCCCCUGCUCAUAGAUGAUUUCAAGUUUGAUGUGCGCCUCUAUGUGCUCGUGACUUCCUAUGACCCUCUUGUCAUCUACCUCUAUGAAGAGGGGCUGGCCAGGUUUGCAACUGUGCGAUAUGACCAAGGUGUCAAGAACAUUCGGAACCAGUUUAUGCAUCUGACAAACUACAGUGUGAAUAAGAAGAGUGGAGACUAUGUGAGUUGUGAUGAUCCUGAAGUAGAGGAUUAUGGGAACAAAUGGAGCAUGAGUGCUAUGCUUAGGUAUCUCAAACAAGAAGGCAGAGAUACGACUGCAUUGAUGGCUCAUGUGGAAGACCUGAUCAUUAAGACCAUAAUCUCUGCUGAACUAGCUAUUGCCACGGCCUGUAAAACCUUUGUUCCACAUCGCAGCAGUUGUUUUGAACUGUAUGGCUUUGACGUGCUCAUAGAUGCUACUCUGAAGCCAUGGUUGUUGGAAGUGAAUCUCUCUCCUUCUCUGGCCUGUGAUGCACCUUUGGAUCUAAAGGUUAAAGCCAGUAUGAUUUCAGAUAUGUUCACUGUUGUAGGAUUUGUGUGCCAAGAUCCUGCCCAGCGGGCAUCCACCCGGCCAAUUUAUCCUACCUUUGAGUCUUCCAGGCGAAACCCUUUCCAGAAAUCUCAGCGUUCCCGUCCACUCUCUGCCAGUGAUGCAGAAAUGAAAAACCUAGUGGCCUCAUCCCGGGAGAAGGUACCGGGGAAGCUAGGCGGUUCCGUGCUUGGUCUGUCGAUGGAAGAGAUCAAAGUUUUACGGAGGGUAAAGGAAGAGAAUGAUCGGAGAGGAGGAUUUAUUCGCAUAUUUCCUACAUCUGAGACAUGGGAAAUAUAUGGGUCCUACCUUGAACACAAGACCUCCAUGAACUAUAUGCUGGCAACACGUCUCUUCCCAGACAGGGGAAACCCAAGAAGAAGCUUACUGACAGGAAGACUACGAGUGAAUACAGAUGGAGUACCAGAGCUGAAGGUAGAGAAUGUGAAUUCCAAGGCCAAGAUGCAUGCUGCUCUUUAUGAAAGGAAGCUCCUGUCUCUGGAAUUGCGAAAACAUAGACGGCAGAAUGGUAAAUUGAGGACAAUGAGGUCAAAAUACCCAGUGAUUACCCAGCCAACUGAAAUGAAUAUUAAAAGCGAGUCACAGAGUGAAGAGGAGGAAGAAGUCUCGAUAGACAAUGAAGAUGAGCAGGAGGCUUCCCAGGAGGAGUCUGCAGGAUCCUUUCAAGAAAAUCAAGCCAAGUUCACGCCUUCUUUGACUGCUAUAGUAGACACCUCUCCCCAGGAAAUGAAAGUUGCUGACUGGAAUUCUAAAGGUGAACAGUGCUGCAAAAAUGAGACUCAGGAGCCGGAGUAUAAGUUUAACUUAAUGCAGUUUCUGCAAGAUGAUGGGAAUCUAAGCAAAGUACAGGCACGGUUAGCAUUCUCUGCCUAUCUUCAGCACGUGCAGAUUCGUCUCAUGAAAGCCAGUGGUGGUCAGAUGCUUAAUGCCACUUGGGCUGCGAAAGAGGAUGAACAGAUGGAACUGGUCGUUCGUUUCCUUAAGCGAGCAUCAAAUAACCUCCAGCAUUCACUGAGAAUGGUAUUACCCAGUCGACGAUUAGCACUUCUAGAGCGCAGAAGAAUCCUCGCCCAGCAGCUGUGUGAAUUUAUUACUGUGUACAACAAGGAAACAGACCAAAUGAUUGAUAAGAAACCUAAGAAGAAACAUGAAGAAGAGGAGGAAGAUGGGGUGAAUGCAGAACACUUUCAGGAGUUCAUCAGACAAGCAAGUGAGGCAGAACUAGAAGAGGUGUUGACUUUUUAUACUCAAAAGAACAAGUCUGCCAGUAUCUUCCUGGGGACUCACUCUAGAAGUUCUAAGAGCAGCAGUAGUUACUCUGAUAGUGGUGCAAAAGGUGAUCACCCUGAGACAAUUGAAGAAGAGAAAAUCAAGCAGCCCAAACAGCAGCAGGCAACAGAAAUCCUUUCUGACAGAUUAUCUCGACUUAACCCUUCAGCAGGAAAGGAGGCUAAAUUAGUCUAUGCCAGUUGUUCCUCUGUUUCUUCCUCUGAUCCGGCUGCUACUCUUCUGCAGAAAAUUCCCGGCACCCACUCAUCUGCUACCUCAACCCCUGCCCUCUCGUCAGGUCCUGACCUCCAUUCCUUUUCUCAACUUCCUCCAGCUAUCUCCGGCAUGCCUCACCAUGCAACACUUUUACUGAGCCCAGUCCCUGACGGUGCUUCUCCCUCCAUGCAUCCUGGGACACAGAAUGUAAACCCUGCCAGUCUGCCACGCUGUCGAUCAGGCAGUUACACCAUUGGCCCCUUUUCUUCUUUCCAAAGUGCUGCACACAUCUAUAGCCAGAAACUGUCUCGUCCCUCUUCAGCAAAGGCAGCAGGUUCAUGCCAUCCACACAAGCAUCAUUCUGGAAUAGCCAAAACACAAAAAGAGGGAGAAGAUGGUUUGUAUAACAAACGCUACAGCCAGAGUCUGGUUACAGCCGAACUCCAGCGGCUUGCUGAGAAGCAGGCAGCAAGGCAGUAUUCCCCAGCCAGCCACAUCAAUCUCCUCACCCAGCAGGUUACAAACCUGAACUUGGCGACCAGUGUCAUGAGCAGAAGCAGUGCUUCCACCCCCCCCACCCUUCAGCCUGUCAUCAGCUCUGCGGGUCCCACGUGGUCGGUCCAGUCAGACGGUCCUGAGAACCACUCCACCCGCCCUGGGAGCAGGAGCCUCCAUACAGGUGGCUUUACCUGGGAGGGAGAUGUAGAAAACAAGGUGUAUAGCAAGGCUACCGGUGUGGUCCCCCAGCACAAGUAUCACCCCACUGCAGGCAGUUACCAACUCCAUUUUGCCCUCCAGCAACUUGAGCAACAGAAACUUCAGUCCCGGCAGCUUCUGGACCACAGUCGAGCCCGGCACCAGGCAAUGUUUGACAGCCAGUCACUACCUAACCCCAGUAUAUGGACAAUGAAUAAUGGUGCAGGCUGCAGGAUUUCAAGUGCCAUAGCUGGUGGCCAGAAGGCAACCACUCUGCCACAAAAAGUGGUGCCACCUCCAAAUUCCUCCAUGGUUCCCAAGCCUCCAUCCAAUCACAAACAAAUGCUCAGAAAGGCAACAUCCCAGAGGACUUUCAAGCCGGACCGAGCUCCUUUGUGUUUCAGAGGGUCCUCCUCAGAUGGGCAGCUGAAUGGACUCCGGAGCACCCUUCACUCUGCUGCUUUCAUACCCAUCACCAGCUCCGCAGAUCCCGCUCACGCUGACAGAUGAACCCCGGCUCGACGAAGCGCGGACAGAAGGAAAACCUGCUCACUGUGUCCACCCGCACCACGACGCGGUCCGUGGAUUUUUUUUUUUUUUUUCUGCCUCAGAGUCCCCAAAGCCUUUAAGCAAAAGUGGCAAUGGAUGGUUCCAUCAGCCAUGCCAGAUUUGACUAGGACAACAGGACAACAAUCCUCCGGGUCUAGACGGAACUUGGCAGUGGGGACGCUGAGCUGAUGCAUUUUGUACCUCGUCAGCGCACACGUGUAUCUUUCUUUCCCUUCCCUCCACUCCCCCAGCCCAUUAGACUCUCUGUCCUCCUCCUCCUCCUCUUCCUCCUCCUGCUGCUGCUGCUGCUGCUGCUGCUCAGAGAUGAUAUAAAGAGGCUCUUUGGCUAUUUGCAUUCUGUCUCCUCUUUAUUCCAGGUUAGCUGCUAAGCUUUUUUUUUCUUUUAUAUGCACAAGCUUAAUAUGCCAGCAUCACCCACUGAUUUUGCUCUUCCCUUUUCUAGAGUCUGGCAGGCAGCACCCCACAAGUACUCAGAGAGUGCAUGAGCCAGGGUAAAAGGUGCCCUUUGGAAUUCCUGGCUUCUAUGAUCAAUAAAGUAAUUCAUUUUUUUUUCCAUUC